UUCUCACACUAACUUCCUGCUAGUGAAAUGGCGACGUGGGGCAGGUUCGGGGCGAGUCUGCGGAACUUCUUCAGGAGUUCUUGGACCCUCGGUAGUAAAGUCCCGCUGAAGCCGGCGGUCGGUGGCGCGGUGUUAGGCUUCCUGACCGCCGCCGGGGUUCUCCGGUAUCGCCAUGGCACGCGCUGGAAAUGUUUACAACCGACCGUCUUCGCCAAGGAGACCACGGAUGAUGACACCCCUGUACCAGCAGCCUCCAUGCGGCGUUUACGCUUCAACCAGUUUGCAUCUGUGAUUUAUGAGAAUGAGUUGUAUAUGACUCCCAGAGACUUCCUGUACUCCGUCCUGCUGGAGCAUGUGGAAUAUAAACUGCAUAAGAGACUCCUGACCAAAGCGGAAGUAGCCAAGAUGAUGGCUGUGGCUUCUAAAGCCAGGGCAGGAAGUAAUCUCUUCAGAGGAAUCGGAGACAACGGUCUGAUCUCUUACACCGAGUACCUCUUCCUCCUCACCAUCCUCACCAAGCCGCGGACCGGAUUCCACAUUGCUUUCAAAAUGCUGGACAUCGACGGCAAUGAGCAGGUGGACAAGAAGGAGUUUGAGAAGCUGAAGAAAAUCAUCGGGCAGAGGAAGGUUGCUAAAGAGGUAAUGGAGACAGCAGCCUCGGAGGACACCAGCGAUCCAAGCACCACGCUGCAGGCCUUCUUCUUCGGCUCUAAGGGACAAAAUAAACUGCAGUACAAAGAGUUUCACAGGUUCAUGGAGGAUCUGCAGGCAGAGGUGCAGGAGAUGGAGUUCCUGCAGUUCUCUAAAGGCAUGGACACCAUGAGGAGGGAGGACUUCGCUGACUGGCUGCUGCACUACACCAACGAAGAAGACAACAUGGAGUACUUGGAGAACCUGAGGAAGAGAAUACCGACAGGACAGAGCAUCACUUUUGAGGAGUUUAAAGCGUUCUGUCUCUUCACCAACAACCUGGAAGACUUUUCCAUCUCAGUGAAGAUGAUCGCCGAUGCUAACAGACCGAUAGGAAUGGCUCAGUUUAAGAGAGCCGUGAAGAUCGCCACAGGACAGGAGCUCUCCGAGAACGUUCUGGACACAGUCUUCCAAAUCUUCGACCUGGACGGAGACAACUGUCUCAGCCAUAAAGAGUUCAUCGCCGUGAUGAAGGACCGCAUGCUGCGAGGUCUCAGGGUCCAGUCCCAGCAGGGAGUGUCAGGAUACUGGAAGUGUGUGAAGAAGGAAACACUAAAAGGAGCUCAGGAGGCCCUCAGUCACAGCAGCAGCCCUUUCUGAAAUGAAACACUCGUCACAGGGGGUGGGGCUUGUGGAAUUAGGGGUGUGACUAUUCAGCCUUGCUUAGUGUAUAGUACACAAGCUCAGCUCUCACCUGGAGAUGCACAGCGCCGGUCUGUUAGAUCCUCCGUGGUACUCGGUCACUUUCUCAGCUGACCAUCAGGUUGUUUUUUUUUUUUAGAUCCAUGUUAAAUUCCACAAUGAUCCAAUUUCAAGAUCCAAUUAUCAAGAAUGUUCUGACUGAAUAUCCAGACUAAUUGACCAGAAUUUUCUCCUCUUUUUUUUUUGUAUAAAAUCUUAUUACAGCACUUUUUACUUCGUUAUUAAUAAACAUAUCCAGGUUUGAGGCUUUAAUAAUUUGAAAUAUGAAAUAUUAUAUAUGAAAAUGUAAAUAGUUUUUAAUAGAUAUUGCAUUAUUCCUCUGUGCUCCAAGAACACCUGAAUCAUCUCCUUUACCUUUUUAUUACAAUUUUGUCACUCCAGAAGUUCUCCAGUUCUCUAGAGUGCUUUUGCUUCUCUCGGUUUACUUCAGGAUCAAAUCAAAAGGCUUUCUCACUCCGCGCGAGAGUUUGGAUCUGAACUGGGAUUGGGUUUGCUGUGUUCUCACCUGCUCAAACGAACCACACUAAAGACGACUAAACACUGCGCAUCUGAAAGCAAUCUGAGUUCACCUCUCUCUCUCUCUCUCUCUCUCUCUCUCUCUCUCUCUCUCUCUCUCUCUGUAUCACACUAUUCUCAUCUUGUGAGGAGAAGCUUGUUUACUCUGUUUUCUUUGUCUUGCACACUGGUGUUGAGAAAAAAAUAAACAAGAUAAAAUACA